ACGUGCAACCUUGACAUUGAGUUUAUGUGCAUAAGAUGAUCUCCCAACGUUUUGUCGUAGUUUCUUGAAUGAUCACUCUCUCAUCAGAUCUCUAUAACUUUGGAAUUUGUUGGAAAGUAUUUCAGCUAAGUAAGUUUCUCUUUGAAAAAACUUCAAUAUUCAUCUUAGCAAAUUUCUGAGCAAUUAUUUCAAUACCGAGAAAAAACGUGGGUAAUAUUGAUUUGUUCAAUACUACAUUGAUCUACAAUAUCAAGACUUUGUUACACAUUAUCGAAAUCUUGGAAAAUGUUUUUAGUUUAUGCAAAAAAUCACAAUUAUUCAAUUGUAAUUAACUUCCUCUGAUUCGUUUUUACAAGAAAAGUUCCACAGAUAAGAUAUUUCCUUGAAAACAAAGAAGUGUACGCAUAAAGCACUGAAUUCGAAUUGAUAGGCCAAAGUAUAACACCAAGAUAAAAAGUUUUAUUAGAAUCAAUUAAAGAAAUGAGCUAAAUAAAAAAAUGGAUUUUAUAUGCGAAUAUUUGACAUUAAACAUAAAUCCUUUGUUAUCCUUUUCAGAUAAUCAUGAGACUCUUUAUGAAAACUAUAUAUAAUAAGAGCUUUGCAUCUAAUCCUUACCUAUAUUUGGUGGCUAAGAGAUCAGUUGCUUCAACUCAAGCGAAGCCUGAAGUUCUAUCUAAACAUAUGAAAAUAAGAAAGGCUUUUGAUUCGAAAUUGAAUGCUGAUGAGAGACCCUUAAUUUUAUUGUAUAGUUGGUUGAGGGCCAAAUCAAGUCAUCUAAAUAAAUACAGUGACUUUUAUCUGACAAAGGGUUUUGAUGUAUUACAAAUAACCACUACUCCCUCUUCAAUUGUUGCACCUAAAAAAGCAAGAAAGAGCAUGGAAGAAUUGCUAAAUUAUAUUAAUUCCGAACACGACCAUAAACCAUUAUUUGUUCAUGGUUUCUCAGUUGGUGGUUAUCUCUUUGGCGAAACUUUAAAACAUAUGAAAGACAAGCCUAAAUUAUACGAAAGUGUUAGCAGUAGAAUUAAGGGACAGUGCUUCGAUUCCCCAGUAGAUGUUUCAAAUAUUGCCAAAGGACUUGCUCAUGUGCUAGCCCCAAAUAAUCCUAACAAAAAAGCAUUUUUGAAAAGUGCUUUUUCUCUUUAUCUUCAAUUAACAAAAAACAUAACUGGCUCUUAUUAUAAUGCAAGUCAAGAUCAGAUCUUGAAUAAUUAUUUCGGAAUACCAACAUUGUUUUUCUACAGUAAAUCUGAUCCAAUUUGUUCGUUCGAAUUAAUUAAUAGUAUAAUAUCUGAUCAUGAAAGAAAGAAUAUUCCAGUUUUGGGGAAAUGGUGGACAAGUUCUCCUCAUGUUUUACAUAUGAAACAAGAUCCUGUUGAGUAUAUUGGUUCGUUGAAUAAUUUCUUAGAAAGCGUCGAUCUUCUUCCAAAAGGACAUUUAGAAAAAGAAGAUAUGAUAUCAAAAACUGAAAAGAUUAAGGAAACCUCAUAUGGUAUUUAGGAUUCAAGAAAGUUUAACUUAUAUAUUUUCUAAUAAUAUUUCCUUUCUUCCUAUUGAAAAGUAUUAUCCUAAGGUCUUAAUUUAAAUUUAACUAUCAGAACUCUUUAUAAUAUUUUACUUAUCGAUUUCGUUGCGUGUUGACAAUGUUAUUUCUAUUUAAGAUGUUUAUUUCCUAUUCAAAUAAUAGAUAACUCUUUAUAUAUUUAUAAAUAUAUACAAUAUUUAAGCACAUAAAGUAUAUAAAAUAUAUACUAAUUAUAUACCAAAUGCGUAGUAUUUAUCGUUCAAAAUGUACACCAGAUUAGACAAAGCUCCAUCUGGCGGCUAAUCAAGGUGGCGCUGCUAGGUUGUCAGUCUUAAUCCAAACAGGAAUCUUUGGUUUAUUUCAAAUCCAAUUAGAUUUAGUUGUGAUUAAGUAAAAAAUCUGAUGUGUCUCAGUAAGAUCACGCAAUAUCAAUAAUGUUGGUGUUGAAAUUGCGGCGGUAUGCGUAAGGAAUGAAAACAAAUGAUUUUUCGCAGUUUGUCUAAAAUAAACUAUAUCGAACAUCUUUCACUUUUGGCGGCUUUUUUUGAUAUGAACGAUAAACUGGAAUUUCUUUGGUAUAUUUAUUAUGGCAUGGGACUGAGGGGGGAGGGGAGAAGGUUAAAAAGAGAGGUGCAAAAGGGGCUUGUAUAUUUUUUAACUCGAGAAAGAAAAAGAAGAAUAAAAGAAAUAAUUAUAAAGCUAAUUUUUUUCCUUCUUUCCUUUGUUAAUUUACGGUUUGAAAACUUUUCUGAAAAGGUAAAGAAAGAUAAUAAAAAUAAAGGAAAAAGAAGGAAUUCAUUUAACUUUGUCACUUUGAUUCACCGAUUUAGCCAGAUUUAUGAGCCGAGAUAUCUUUAGUACUUAAUGACUUAUAUUUCUUUAUUUCUUUUCUUUUUGUGUUGUGUAGUUUGAUUCAAUUCGUUGACCUUUUUUUAUUUUGUUUUGGUAUUAUUUGAAAAAGUAGGAUAAAUUUUUAAUAUUUGUCGGAUAUAAGUUUUAACACUUGGUAGCGUCUUUAUAUAGAGUUUAUAUAUAUAUAUACAGUAUAUAUUGAAAUUUAAUAGAAAAGAUAUAAUCAAUGAAUGGAAUGAGCUUCUUUGUCAGAUAUAUAUUUCCAUAUACCGCAUAGUAAUAAAUAUACUUUCUCUCUCUC